AUGAACGGGAACAAGACUGGCCCUACAAGAUCUGAACGCCCUAUAGAAUCAUGGGAGGGUACAGUGAAAUCUCCAUCGCCAUUCAAGGAGAUGAGCAUACUGGAUAGAUUACUCACCCCAUUUGUUCUGCUCUCCAUGAUCUUAGGAGUAAUCAUUGGUGAAUUUGCUCAAGGGGUACGCGAGGCGUUGGAUACGGCAAAACUGCAUAAUGUAUCCCUCCCUAUAGCUAUAGGUCUCAUUGUAAUGAUGUGGCCUAUCCUCACUAAAGUCCAAUACGAGAAGCUCCCCGCAAUUUUGUCCACGUCGCGGCUGUGGAAACAUAUCGGGAUUUCCAUAGUACUGAACUGGAUAAUCGGACCAUUCCUAAUGCUUGGUCUCGCGUGGGCAACACUUCCAGACUUACCGACUUACAGAGCUGGUGUAAUUAUGGUAGGGCUUGCAAGGUGUAUAGCAAUGGUUGCUAUUUGGAAUGACCUUGCUAGAGGGGAUGCGGAGUACUGCGCCAUCCUGGUUGUUAUCAACGGCGCUAUGCAGAUUGUGCUAUUCGCACCCUAUUCUGUCUUGUUCCUCAACGUCAUUGGAGGAAGUCAUCAAGAAGAUGUACACGUCGCCUAUGGAGAUGUCGCAAUCUCUGUACUUAUUUACCUUGGAAUCCCUCUUGCAGCUGGUGUCGUCACUCGCUAUUCGGUCAUUUUUUUGACAAACAAGCAAUUCUUCGACAAACGAUUUAUUCCAUUUUUCUCCCCAAUUGCUCUUAUCGGGCUUCUCUACACUAUCAUCGUGCUUUUUGCGUACCAGGGACAUCGAAUCCUGCACGAUCUCGGACCCGUCUUUCGCGUUUUCGUCCCGCAAAUUCUCUACUUCGUCAUAAUGUGGACAUCAACCUUUACCUUGAUAUAUUACUUAUCAAGGCGCGAAAAGGUGGAAGACACGAUCUACGGUUAUGAGAUGGCUGUUGUGCAGGCGUUUACUGCCGCUAGCAAUAACUUCGAGCUCGCCAUAGCAGUCUCUAUUGCAGUGUAUGGCGUGAAUUCUCAGCAGGCUCUGGCGGCUACCAUUGGUCCCCUCACCGAAGUACCAGUGUUACUCGGCUUGACCUGGGUUGCACUCUAUUUUAGACAAAAGCUUGACUGGACCACUAAAGCGAUACCACUGCAUGAAGAAAAGGCUUAG